GCUCUCGAGGUGUCUGGAGGCCCAGUGAGCCCCGGACCCAGGAGGCCCAAGGAGCUGGCCGUGACCCUGAGGUAGCAAGACCCCAGAGGAAGGGUGUGAGCCCUGCAGAGGACUGUGCCUGUGCUACACCCCAGGCUGGGCUCCUGUUAGGCGGGGGUGCCUGUGCCCAGGCAGCGGCUCAGAGGCAGCUGCUCCAUGCAGAGCUAAAGCUGGUUCUGCAGCAGAAGGGAGAGAGGAAGCAGGAGCCUGGGGCUCCGGUGACUCCCAGCUGUGCCAUGGAGGCCAGGAGCCGGAGCGCUGAGGAGCUGAGGCGGGCGGAGUUGGUGGAGAUCAUCGUGGAGACCGAGGCGCAGACCGGGGUCAGCGGUAUCAACGUAGCAGGCGGCGGCAAGGAGGGAAUCUUUGUCCGCGAGCUUCGGGAGGACUCGCCCGCGGCCAGGAGCCUCAGCCUGCAGGAAGGAGACCAACUACUGAGCGCCCGUGUGUUCUUCGAGAACUUCAAGUACGAGGACGCACUACGUCUGCUGCAAUGUGCCGAGCCUUACAAGGUCUCCUUCUGCCUGAAGCGCACUGUGCCCACGGGGGACCUGGCGCUGCGGCCUGGCACCGUGGCCGGCUACGAGAUCAAGGGCCCACGGGCCAAGGUGGCCAAGCUGAACAUCCAGAGUCUGUCCCCCGUGAAGAAGAAGAAGAUGGUGAUGCCCGGGGCCCUGGGGGCCCCUGCAGACCUGGCCCCUGUUGACGUCGAAUUCUCCUUUCCCAAGUUCUCCCGUCUGCGUCGGGGCCUCAAAGCCGAGGCUCCCAAGGGUCCCGUCCCAGCUGCCCCAGCCCGCCGGCGCCUCCAGCUGCCUCGGCUGCGCGUCCGAGAAGUGGCAGAAGAGGCCCAGGCAGCCCGGCUGGCCGCUGCUGCUCCUCCCCCAAGGAAAGCCAAAGUGGAGGCUGAGGUGGCAGCAGGAGCUCGUUUCACAGCCCCCCAGGUGGAGCUGGUUGGGCCCCGGCUGCCAGGCGCCGAGGUCGGUGUCCCCCAGGUCUCAGCCCCCAAGGGACUGGGAGAGGUGGCUCUCCACCUGCCAAGCCUUGGACUAGGAGCCCCCACUGCCCCUGCUGUGGAGCCCGUGGCCCUAGGGAUUCAGGUCCCCCAAGUGGAGCUGCCCACCUUACCAUCGCUCCCCACUCUGCCCACACUUCCCUGCCUGGAAACCCGGGAAGGGGCUGCGGCCGUGACGGUGCCCACUCUGGAUGUGGCAGCGCCUGCCAUAGGGGUGGACCUGGCCUUGCCAGGUGUGGAGGUGGAGGCCCGGGGAGAGGCACCUGAGGUGGCCCUGAAGAUGCCCCGCCUCAGUUUCCCCCGAUUCGGGACUCGAGCAAAGGAAGUCGCCGAGGCCAAGUUGGCCAAGGGCAGCCCCGAGGCCAGGGUGAAGGGGCCCAGACUUCGGAUGCCCACCUUUGGGCUUUCGCUCCUGGAGCCCCGGCCUACUGCUGCCGAAGCUGCUGUCGAGAGCAAGCUGAAGCUGCCCACCAUCAAGAUGCCCUCGUUUGGCCUUGGGGUCUCGGCCCCUGAGGUCAAGGUGCCCAAAGGGCCUGAGGUGAAGCUCCCGAAGGUGCCGGAGAUGGCCGUGCCAGAGGUGCGGCUCCCCGACGUUCAGCUCCCCAAAGUCCCCGAGAUGAAGCUCCCAAAGGUGCCAGAGAUGGCCGUGCCCGAGGUGAGGCUCCCCGAUGUUCAGCUCCCUAAAGUCCCCGAGAUGAAGCUCCCCGAGAUGAAGCUCCCGAAGGUGCCAGAGAUGGCCGUGCCCGAGGUGCGGCUCCCCGACGUGCAGCUCCCCAAAGUCCCCGAGAUGAAGCUCCCGAAGGUGCCAGAGAUGGCCGUGCCCGAGGUGCGGCUCCCCGACGUGCAGCUCCCCAAAGUCCCCGAGAUGAAGCUCCCCGAGAUGAAGCUCCCGAAGGUGCCAGAGAUGGCCGUGCCCGAGGUGCGGCUCCCCGACGUGCAGCUCCCCAAAGUCCCCGAGAUGAAGCUCCCCGAGAUGAAGCUCCCGAAGGUGCCAGAGAUGGCCGUGCCCGAGGUGCGGCUCCCCGACGUGCAGCUCCCCAAAGUCCCCGAGAUGAAGCUCCCCGAGAUGAAGCUCCCGAAGGUGCCAGAGAUGGCCGUGCCAGAUGUGCAACUCCCAGAGGUAGGCCUCCCCAAAGUGUCAGAGAUGAAGCUCCCAAAGGUGCCGGAGAUGGCCGUGCCCGAGGUGCGGCUCCCCGACGUGCAGCUGCCGAAAGUCCCUGAGAUGAAGCUCCCCGAGAUGAAGCUCCCUGAGAUGAAACUGCCAGAGAUAAAACUCCCCAAGGUGCCUGAGAUGGCUGUGCCCGAGGUCCACCUCCCGGAGGUGCAGCUGCCAAAGGUGUCAGAGAUUCGACUGCCAGAAAUGCAGGUGCCCAAGGUCCCAGAGGUGCAUCUUCCAAAGGCGCCCGAGGUGAAGCUGCCCAAGGCUCCGGAGGUGCAGCUAAAAGCCGAGCAGGCAGAGGGGAUGGAAUUUGGCUUCAAGAUGCCCAAGAUGACCAUGCCCAAGCUAGGGAGGGCAGAGUCUCCAUCGCAAAGCAAGGCAGGCGAGGCAGGGGCUGAGGUCUCUGGGAAGCGGGUGACACUGCCCUGUCUGCAGCCAGAGGUAGGUCCCGAGGCUCGUGUGGGCGUCCCCACUCUCACACUGCCCUCCGUGGAGCUAGACCUGCCGAGGGCCCUCAGCCUGGAGGGGCAGGUCCCAGCAGCCGAAGUGGGCAAGGUGGAGCGGGCAGAGGGCCCUGGGGUGGCCGCAGGGGUCGGGGAAGUGGCCUUCCGAAUGCCCUCUGUUGAAAUCGUCACGCCACAGUUGCCUACUGUGGAAGUAGAGGAGGGGCGGCUCGAGGUGAUGGAGAUGAAAGUCAAGCCCUCCUCCAAGUUCUCCCUGCCCAAGUUUGGACUCUCGGGGCCCAAGGUGGCCAAGGCAGAGGCUGAGGGGGCUGGGCGAGCCACCAAGCUGAAGGUGUCCAAGUUCGCCAUCUCACUCCCCAAGGCCCGAGCGGGGACUGAGGCUGAAGUGAAAGGGGCCGGGGAGGCAGGCCUGCUGCCUGCCCUCGAUCUAUCCAUCCCGCAGCUCAGCCUGGACGCCCGUCUGCCCACAGGCAAGGUGGAGGUGGCAGGGGCUGACGUCAAGGUCAAGGGGCCGAGGUUUGUCCUGCCCAAGUUUGGGGUCAGGGGCCGGGAUGCUGAGGCAGGAGAACUAGCGCCAGGGGUGGCCGAGUUGGAGGGCAAGGGCUGGGGUUGGGAUGGGAAGGUGAAGAUGCCCAAGUUGAAGAUGCCCUCCUUUGGGCUGGCUCGGGGGAAGGAAGCUGAAAUCCAGGGUGGGCGUGUCAGCCCAGGAGAAAAGCCCGAGUCCGUGGCUGGGCAGCUUAAGAUCCCUGAGGUGGAGCUGGUCACCCUGGGGGCCCAGGAGGAAGGGAGGGCUGAGGGGGUAGUAGCUGUCAGUGGCUUACGGCUCUCAGGCCCCCAAGUGUCCAUGACCAGGCCGGCAGGCACUGAGGGCAAGGAGGGGGCGCUGAGGAUGCCCCUGGGCAUCUCCCUGCCCCAGGUCGAGCUGUCUGGCUUCGGGGAGGCUGGCCUGGGCACCACCACUGGGCCACAGGUCAAGGGUGCAGCCCCAUCAGUGGAGGGUGCAGCAGGCUACAGGGUCCAGGUGCCUCAGGUGACUUUGUCUCUGCCUGGAGCCCAGGUGGCAGGUGGCGAGCUGUUGGUAGGUGAGGGUGUCUUCAAGAUGCCUGCUGUGUCGGUGCCCCAGGUUGAGCUGGACGUGGGGCUGGGCCGAGACGCGCAGCUGGGUGAGGCAGCCACAGGCGAGGGGGGCUUGAGCCUGAAGAUGCCCACACUGGGGGCCAGAGCUGAGGCUGGGGAAGAGGGGUCUGGAGACCAGUCCCCAGGGGCCGAGCGCACCUUCCACCUCUCACUACCCGACGUCGAGAUCUCCCCACCCACCGUGGGCAGCCAUGCUGAGUACCAGGUGGCAGAGGGCGACGGGGAGGCCGGACACAAGCUCAAGGUGCGGCUGCCCCGAUUUGGCCUGGUUCGGGCCAAGGAAGGCGUUGAAGAGGGUGAGAAGACCAAGAGCCCCAAACUCAGGCUGCCACGAGUGGGCUUCAGCCAGAGCGAGGCAGUCCCUGGGGAGAGCUCCCCCAGCCCUGAGGAGGAAGAGGAGGAGGGUGGCGGGGAAGGGGCCUCUGGGCGCCGAGGCAGAGUCCGGGUCCGCUUGCCCCGUGUGGGCCUGGCCACCUCGUCUAAGGCCUCUCGGGGCCAGGAGGGCGAGGCAGCCCCCAAGUCCCCUGGUGGGGAGAAGUCACCCAAGUUCCGCUUCCCCCGGGUGUCCCUAAGCCCCAAGGCCCGGAGUGGGAGUGGGGACCAGGAAGAGGGUGGAUUCCGGGUUCGGCUGCCCAGUGUGGGGUUUUCAGAGACAGGGGCUCCAGGCCCUGCCAGGAUGGAGGGGGCUCAGGCUGCUGUCGUCUAAAGUCCCAGAGCAGAGGGAACGUCCCCUCCCAUUCCCUAUUCCUGCCUCCUUCUUGUUUUGUGUGUGAGAUAACUAGCACUAACCCCUCAGAGGGCCGGGAGGUGGCUGACUGACCGGGACCGGGCCAGGGAGGCCUCAUGCCUGGCUCACUGGCAGGAGGGCCUGUAUCUUGCCGAACCAUGUGAAUAAAAUAAUCCAGAGGUA